CUCAAUUCUCACUUCAGUUAACAAAUGUAUCCCCGGUUCAGGGUUUAGGGUUUAUGGUCGAGCAACUCAUUUGGGAGCGAACCCAAAUCAAGCUGAAGGCAAGUCGAUUGAAUGCGGUGGCCGAUCCCGACUGCGAUUUCGUCGACGGCUAAGGCGCUUCUUCACCGAUACUUCCCGAAGAACGGUAUCAUCGCUCCUUCGUUUCGGCUCUGCAAGUUUCGAGCUUUCUCUAGCGCUGUUGACUACCGAGAGAUACUGAGAACUGGGCUUCGCGGUAUCAAGCACGAUGAAGCUGUGGACUUGUUCGGUUACAUGGCUGAGUCUCGUCCCCUGCCUAACAUCAUCGAGUUCAACAAAGUACUGACUGCUAUCGCCAAGAUGAAGAGUUACGAAACUGUGAUCAGACUCUGGAGUAUUGUGGAGGAUGAUGAGGGUAUAGAGAUCUCGCCUGAUAUCUACACCUGCAACAUCUUAGUGAAGUGUUUUAUCCGCUGUUGUCAUCCUUGUCUUGCUAUGUCUUUUCUUGGGAAGAUGUUGAAGCUUGGUGUUGAGCCGGAUGUGGUUACGGGCAGCUUGUUGGUUAAUGGGUUUUGCCAGAUCAAUAGAUUUGAUGAGGCUUUCUAUGUGGCUGAGCAGAUGAAGAAGAUGGGUGUUACCCUUAAUGUUGUAGUCUACACCAUACUCAUUGAUGGUCUCUGUAGGAAUAGGUUUUUGAAUGAAGCGAUUAAUGUUUUUGGCCUUAUGGAGAACGAAGGAGUUACUCCGAAUGUGUUUACCUACACCUCUCUCAUUAGUGGUCUUUGUAACGCUUGUAAGUUGAGUGAAGCCUCUCACGUACUUCGGCAGAUGAUCUCCAGGAAAAUCGACCCGAAUGUAGUCACUUUCACUACACUUAUCAAUGCGUAUGUGAAAGCUGGGAAGUUUUCGGAAUUUUGGGAGCUGUACCAGGAGAUGAUCAAGAUGUCUAUAGAUCCUAAUGUUGUCACUUACACUUCAGUGAUCAAUGGGUUGUGCAUGCACAAUCAUGUAGAUAGGGCCAAGAAAGCUUUUGAAGAUAUGCUAAGGAAUGGGUGCGCCCCAAAUGUAUUGACUUACUCUACUCUUGCAUAUGGACUUUUCAAGUCCAACAGGUUCAACGAAGGGAUUGAACUUUUAAAGGAGAUGUCUGACAGUGGAGUUGCUGAAAACACAGUCUCUCGCAACACCCUUAUCCAAGGGUGUAUUCAAGCAGGCAAAAUCAGUUCUGCGCAAGAACUUUUUGAAAGGAUGCCUUCUGAUGGUCUGCCUCCCAAUAUUAGGAGCUACAACAUUGUGUUAGCUGGUCUAUUUGUUUAUGGAAAGGUAAAGAAAGCAUUGAGUACAUAUGAACUUAUGCAAAAGACUAGAAAUGAUCUUGAUAUUGUUACAUAUACUAUCAUGAUUCAUUGGAUGUGCAAGGAUGGUAAGGCGGAUGAAGCAUUUAAGUUGUUCUUCAGCCUAAGCAGUAAAGGAGUGGAGCCUGAUGAUAAAGCGUACACGGCAAUGAUCUCAGGGUUGAAGAAGAACGGCAUGCUGGCUAGAGCGCAUGCAUUGACCAGGGCUUACCAGAAAUACAAGCGGAACAGAGGAAGUAUAUAGGGGAUUUCUAAUGGGACACAUUUACGCACUCCAAGCUCCUUAAGAUAUCUCUGUCCAAGCUCCAUUCAAUGGUAUGCCUGCGCCUGGAAAGAGCAACACGUAUCUGUUACAGAAGCAAGUGUAUCAAUGAAGAGGCCAGAGAUUUGAAAAGGCAAGUUGGAGAAUGAGCUGAACAGAAUCCAGCAGGUUUUUCAAAUCCAUACAACAUUGGUCUUUGAAAACAUAAAGAAUCCUGAAGCAUUCGGUUUCCAAAGUGCAAAGGGAUACUAGGAGUUGAGUUACUUGGCUGAUAGAAUCGAAGCAUUUCACAAACUGACUGUUUUACAUCAAAACAUUUCAUAGGGAUACUAGGAGUUGAGCUACUUGGCUGAUAAAAUCAAGUCAUGCCACAAACUGACUGUUUUACAUCAUACAUUCUUUCUUCUACUAACUAACUUUCAUUAUGUGUUGUUCUUACAAAUUUGUAGCUUGUACCAAUGAUCAGUCAGGUUGCUUGGUCUAAUUUUAACCAAGCUUCCAAAAUGUUGUAAAAGAACCAUUUUUAUCACUAAAUGUUUGUGAAAGUACUUAAGAUGAUAUUUAGAUGUUAUAAAAGACGUUAGAUCACUACCCGGCAGAGAGCAACCGUUUACAAAAUAAUACAGACACGGAAUUUAAUCCAGAAAACAGAAACGCUGAGAGACCACUUGUAUUU